AAAUAAGUCAAAUCAUGCAGCCACGAAGAAGGCCUUGGGAAGCCCCGGAGGAGUUUUUUGGCCAGGGACUGAGCAGGAAGAACUUGGUUUUCUCGGGGUCCCGGACAGAGCUGAGAAGCACACGUGUCUGGUCAGCCCAGCCUGGAUGCAAAGGAAGAUGCCUGUGGUGCAAUGAGCAAGGCUUGGCAGUGGAGCAGGCAGGCCUCGCGUUGUCCAUGGAGCUGCAGGCCGAGGGGGCCCCUCCGCAGCCCCGCCUGACCGACUUGGACAGGCCAGAGGCCUAGGCCCACCGCGGAGGGGACCAGCAAUCAGAUGGUCCCCAGGCCGUGGGGUCUCCCAAGAGGACUGCUGGGUGGGUGUGCCAAGGCGGAAGCAUGCCGGCCAAGGGGUGCUACUUCCUCAACGAGGGAGAGGAGGGCCCGGACCAGGACGCGCUCUACGAGAAGUACCGUCUCACCAGCCAGCACGGGCCACUGCUGCUCACGCUCCUGUUGGUGGCCAUCGCUGCCUGCAUUGCCCUCAUCGUCAUCGCCUUCAGCUAUGGGGACCCCUCCAACCAGAAGGCUGUCUUGGGGACGGCGUUCUUCACACUUGCCGUGUUCGUGGCUCUCUACGUGCUGGUGUAUGCCGAGUGCCUCGUCCGGCGGUGGCUUCAGGCCUCGGCAUUGCUCAUCUGGGCUUGCCUGGUGACGCUGGGCUACGUGCUGGUGUUCGACUCAUGGAGGAAGGCAGCCUGUGCAUGGGAGCAGGUGCCCUUCUUCCUGUUUGUGGCCUUCGUGGUGUACACGCUGCUGCCCUUCAGCAUGCAGGGGGCCGUCGUGGUGGGGGUCAUCUCCAGCACCUCCCACCUGCUGGUGCUCGGCGCUCUGAUGGGGGACUUCUCGAUGCCCAGCAUGCAAGUGGGGCUGCAGCUGCUGGCCAACGCUGUCAUCUUCCUGUGCGGGAACCUCACCGGCGCCUUCCACAAGCACCAGCUGCAGGACGCCUCCCGCGACCUCUUCACCUACACUGUCAAGUGUAUCCAGAUCCGACGUAAGCUGCGCAUCGAGAAGCGCCAGCAGGAGAACCUGCUGCUGUCCAUACUGCCGGCCCACAUCUCCAUGGGCAUGAAGCUGACCAUCAUCGAGCGGCUCAAGGAGCGUGGCGACCGGCGCUAUAUGCCGGACAACAACUUCCACAGCCUCUACGUCAAGCGGCACCAGAAUGUCAGCAUCCUCUACGCGGACAUCGUGGGCUUCACGCGCCUGGCCAGCGACUGCUCCCCUAAAGAGCUGGUGGUGAUGCUGAACGAGCUCUUCGGCAAGUUUGACCAGAUCGCCAAGGCCAACGAGUGCAUGCGGAUCAAGAUUCUGGGCGACUGCUACUACUGCGUGUCGGGCUUACCCGUGUCCCUGCCCAACCACGCCCGGAACUGUGUGAAGAUGGGGCUGGACAUGUGUGAGGCUAUUAAGCAGGUGCGGGAGGCCACGGGUGUGGACAUCAGCAUGCGUGUGGGCAUACACUCGGGGAACGUGCUGUGUGGUGUCAUCGGGCUGCGCAAGUGGCAGUACGAUGUGUGGUCCCACGACGUGUCCCUCGCCAACAGGAUGGAGGCGGCUGGAGUCCCUGGGCGGGUGCACAUCACAGAGGCAACACUGAACCACCUGGACAAGGCGUAUGAAGUGGAGGACGGUCACGGGCAGCAGCGGGAUCCUUACCUGAAAGAGAUGAACAUCCAAACCUAUCUGGUCAUCGACCCCCGGAGCCAGCAGCCACCCCCGCCCAGCCAACACCUCCCCAAGCCCAAGGGGGAUGCAGCCCUGAAGAUGCGGGCGUCCGUGCGCAUGACUCGCUACCUGGAGUCCUGGGGGGCCGCACGGCCCUUUGCACACCUCAACCACCGCGAGAGUGUGAGCAGCAGUGAGACCCCUGUCCCCAACGGCCGGAGGCCCAAGGCCAUCCCCUUGCGGCGUCACCGGAUCCCCGACAGAAGUGCAUCCCCUAAGGGGCGGUCAGAGGAUGACUCAUAUGACGAAGAGAUGCUGUCAGCCAUCGAGGGGCUCAGCUCCACGAGGCCCUGCUGCUCCAAGUCCGACGACUUUUACACCUUUGGGUCCAUCUUCCUGGAGAAGCGCUUUGAGCGAGAGUACCGCCUGGCGCCCAUCCCCCGGGCCCGCCACUAUUUCGCCUGUGCCAGCCUCGUCUUCCUCUGCAUCCUGCUCGUCCAUAUCCUGCUGAUGCCCAGGACGGCGGCUCUGGGGGUGUCCUUUGGGCUCGUGGCCUGCGUGCUGGGGCUGGUGCUGGGACUGUGCUUUGCUGAUCAGUUCUUGAGGUGCUGCCCAGCCCGGGCGACGCUCCGUGCCAUCUCUGAGCGGGUGGAGACGCACCCACUGCUGCGGUUGUCCCUGGCCAUCCUGACUAUAGGCAGCCUGCUCAGCGUCGCCGUUGUCAACCUGCCGCUGUUGCCUCUGCCAGCUGUGGGGGCGCCUGCUGGGAACGAGACAAGCCUGAGGGUUGUGAGUGGCAGGGAGAGGAUCCUGUGCGACCUCCUCCCGUACUACACCUGCAGCUGUGUCCUGGCCUUCGUCGCUUGCUCCGUGUUCCUGCGGAUGAGCCUGGAGUUGAAAGUCGUGCUGUUGACAGUGGCCUUGGUAGUCUACCUGGUGGUCUUCAACAUGUUCCUGUGCCCGCACUGGGACUGCUGUGGCCACAGCCUGGGCACUCCCAUGAAGACCAACGACACCCGCAGCAGCUCUGCCGUCUGCUCAUGGUGGGAUCUGAAGAUGAUGGUCGGUUUCUACCUGGUUCUGUUUUACACCACCCUCAUCAUGCUCUCCAGACAGAUUGACUACUACUGCCGCUUGGACUGUUUGUGGAAGAAUAAGUUCAAGAAGGAACAUGAGGAGUUUGAGACCAUGGAGAACGUGAACCGCCUUCUUCUGGAGAACGUCCUGCCAGCCCACGUGGCCGCCCACUUCAUUGGCGACAAGUUAAAUGAGGACUGGUACCAUCAGUCCUACGACUGCGUCUGCGUCAUGUUUGCAUCGGUGCCGGACUUCAAAGUGUUCUACACGGAGUGUGACGUCAACAAGGAAGGGCUGGAGUGCCUGCGUCUGUUGAAUGAGAUCAUCGCGGACUUCGACGAGCUGCUGUUGAAGCCCAAGUUCAGCAGCGUGGAGAAGAUCAAGACCAUCGGGAGCACCUACAUGGCAGCCGCAGGGCUCAGCGUCCCCUCAGGGCAUGAGAACCAGGACCUGGAGCGGCAGCACGCCCACAUCGGCACCACGGUGGAGUUCAGCAUCGCACUCAUGAACAAGCUGGACGGCAUCAACAGGCACUCGUUCAAUUCGUUCCGCCUCCGAGUCGGCAUAAACCAUGGGCCCGUGAUUGCGGGAGUAAUCGGGGCACGGAAACCUCAGUACGACAUCUGGGGAAACACGGUCAACGUUGCCAGCCGCAUGGAGAGCACUGGCGAACUCGGGAAAAUCCAGGUGACGGAGGAGACAUGCACCAUCCUCCAGGGACUAGGCUAUUCCUGCGAAUGCCGGGGACUGAUCAACGUCAAAGGCAAAGGGGAGCUGAGGACGUACUUUGUCUGCACAGACACGGCCAAGUUUCAGGGGCUGGGGCUGAACUGAAGGCUGCUGGUAGGGGCGCACAUGCGGGAAGCUGCCUGCCUUCCCUAACGCAAGCCGACGAGAGGACAGCCCCACGCGUCAGGAAGGCGUCCCAAGGGCUUGGCCGGCACCGUCUCCUGACAGACAGGUGGCUGCGUGUGGCUUCCUCCUUGGACUUGGUUUCUUGCUCACAUGCACCAGACCCCAGCUCAAGGAGACCACGGAGCCUUAGCUCGCACUGCUGGAGCUGGCCCUGUGGCGUCCAGUGCAGCAGGAAAAGGCUCACGAGUGUUUCAGAUCCUCGCCCCCCCACCGCUCGCCCCAGGUGCUGUGCAGGUCUCGGAGCGUGACUGAACACCCCCCUCCCCACAAUGGCACAAGCGAGACCUGUCCUUUCGAGGUACAGGAGGACUAAGGCAAUCUGCCUGGGAUGGGCGGGGGACUCCUUUCACCCAGACGACCAGCCACAGGACCCUACGUUGCUCACACAGGCAUUCUGGUAAAUCGAGUUGGAAAGCGUGUUUCAAACAGUAGGGAGAAAAAAACCACAGUGGACACUUGUUACUUCUUGCCCUCUCUGGCAUGUUUGUUUUAAGUGGAUGCAUUAUUAAUGGAGCUUUUAUCCUCUUUAAUGACUUCUUACACGCAAGACAAAUCUCUUGCCCUCCAGUGUUUUCGCUGCCUUUUUAACCACUGGCAUGUAAGUUGCACUGCUGUCCACUGUCCAGCUUCUGGGAUCCCAGCUGUGGGGACGGAGCUCUGGAACGCGGUUCUGGGUGGCAUAGCCUUGGCCUUCAGUCAGACCCUGUGAUGCCAGCAUUUUGAGGUUAGGCUCAAUAAACAAAAAGCCUAGAAAAUACGGCACCGCCGACCUCUCAGCCCGACGGCUCGGGCACUUUUGAGAUCUCCCCGGCGGUCUUCAGCCACAUCUUACUGUUGUGCUGCAAGGAAGGCAUGGAGCCCGUGUGGAGGGAACUCGGACAAGCUCCGGCCCUUCUUUCCUCUUCUAGUCCUCAUAGCUAACUCUGAAGGGCUUCUAACUGGGAGGGCGUGCUCAGCAUAAGCACACGGAGGUCCCCUGCCGGGAAGCCUGUCCUCUCAGGGAUGCUGAGAUGUCCUGGGUCAGAACCGAAUGCAUCACGUGCCAAGUGCCGUGUGUGGGUGUCCCGCAGUGUCAGCUCUACCAGAAUCCAGGGCCGGCCUGUGUCCCAAGGUGAGAAAUGACUAAACUGCCCAUGCCUUUUUCUGAACUGACUUCUCUGCAUCAUAACCAGAGCACCCCGGGACUGCUAACACAGCUGAGUGUUGCCAGAUGGCAGGGAUUCUUAGUCACCCACGAACCCCUGAAAUCACAUGGGUCGCCGACAGGGUGACUCAGCACCCAGGUGGGCCUGGGACGAGCGGCCACCCAGCUGCUGAGUGCUGUGUGCAGCCAGGGGCGGGGAGGGGACUGACCCGGAGCCUGUCUGCCUGUGUCGCCGGCUUGUGGGCUUAUUCUAAUUCGCACAAAGGGGCCAGGUGGGCUACUGGCAGCUCUGAGGUGUUGUAUGUGACUGGAAUGGUAGGAAUGAAUUAUAAGAACUUGCUGCAUAAUGGUUUUAUGGCAGAAAUGCUGGUGAGGGAAAGAAAUAAGCCUUGCUUAAAUGGCCUUUUUCAUACACCAACUUUUCGUAUAAAAAGCUGGUUUCAGGUGAGGAUUGUACUGAAAUCUGCACUCGUAUCAGCGGCGACCAGGGCUGCUCAGACGGGCUGUCCUCUUGCCAACAUGGGGUAGGCACGCACCAGUGCGCUGUCUCGGCUGGGCAUGGCCCUACUCCUGCAACACUCAAGUCCUUUCUUCUCCCACCAGUGGAAUCCCAAUCAGGAGUUUAAAAAAUAAUUGGUUACUAUUCAUGUGUUUUUAUUUAUUUCCAAUAAAGCACUGUGUUCAGGUAAGAAUAUUGUGAGGUUUUAACUUUUGAUGUUCAGAUCGUAGCGUGUAACUGACCAUAAAAAUCACUUGCAGCUAUUUUUUUUAUAAAUCUAUUUUCUCAUGACCAAGUCAUUUCCUCACAGGUGUUUUGUUUUAUGACCGGACGAGUAUCUUUUCUAACACUGACCAUCUCUGUGGGUCAAGGUCUUGCUUAAGUUUCUAAGGCGGCCUCUCUGACUCGAGUGAAAAUCACACCUGAAGUUUUCUGGUUUACUUAGUAAGAAACCGUCCUAACCAUCCUAAAAGACCAUUAACCACUGUCUGUGUGUAUAACAGGUCAAGGUACAGAAAUAUGCUUUGAGAAGGUACACUGAAAUAACUAGGGCUUACCCUGUAUCCUGCAUAUUUAUAGACCUGUAGCGUUUGUUUCAAAAUGUUGUAUUUCACUUUUAUAAAGUACCAGUGUUCUACUUUCUUUACUACAUUAAAUUACCAGUCUGGAAAA